AUGGCGGCCCCUCAAGUUAUCUCCAAUUCGGGGCACGAAGACAUGAUUCAUGAUGCGGGAUUAGAUUACUACGGUCGCCGAUUGGCUACUUGCUCCUCCGACAGAACGAUAAAGAUCUUUGAGAUCGAGGGGGAAUCACACCGCUUGGUUGAGACUCUGAAGGGUCAUGAGGGUGCAGUCUGGUGUGUCGCAUGGGCGCAUCCCAAAUUCGGCACUAUCCUGGCGUCUUCUUCCUACGAUGGGAAAGUACUCAUUUGGCGUGAACAACCACAAAAUGCUACUUCGCCUGCCGGUGGCAGUACGUGGACCAAGGUCUUUGAUUUCUCCCUCCACACGGCCUCGGUCAACAUGGUAUCUUGGGCUCCUCACGAGAGCGGAUGUCUCCUUGCCUGUGCUUCCUCUGACGGCCAUGUGAGCGUCCUCGAAUUUCGCGACAAUAACUGGACUCACCAAACUUUUCACGCGCAUGGUAUGGGAGUGAACUCAAUCAGUUGGGCCCCAGCCGCUUUUGCGGGCAGCUUGAUUAGCUCAACCCCAGGGCCUGGACAACAGAGACGCUUUGUGACUGGUGGAAGCGACAAUCUCAUCAAGAUCUGGGACUAUAAUGCCGAGACCAAGACCUACAACCCCACCCAGACCCUAGAGGGACACUCUGACUGGGUACGAGACGUAGCCUGGUCACCUAGCAUUCUGUCCAAGUCGUAUAUUGCCUCCGCUUCGCAAGAUAAGACUGUCCGGAUUUGGACCUCUGAUGCAUCCAACCCUAACCAGUGGUCAAGUCAGACUCUUGAAUUUGACACCGUUCUGUGGCGAGUAAGCUGGAGUUUGAGCGGGAACAUCCUAGCAGUCAGCGGUGGAGACAACAAGGUGAGCCUGUGGAAGGAGAACCUGAAGGGCCAGUGGGAGAAAGUCAAAGACAUCGAAGAGUAG